AAUGGGCAGAUGAAAAUUUGGUCAAAAUGCGUUGAUUCAUUCGGCUUUAUUUUUCCUUUUAAACGAGACAUUCGUGUAAUUCGCAAUUACUUAUCAAACCGUUGAAUGACUUUAACGCUGAUUCUUCGGAGACUAACUUUUCUUGUAACACGGAAUAUAUUUUGAAAAGUUACUAGUCAUAUAAGUGUAGAUUGGAAACUGAUUUUUGUUACUUAUGGCGUGAAUUUAGAACGAAAGUAAGCCAGGUGUAGAAACAGCAUAAGCAGCUGACGGUAUAUUCGCACAUAUUGGUAGUUGUUCGCUACACUGCGAAUUUAAGGAAGUGGAAAUGAGCAUCCGUGCAUUGUGGAUAAUCACUCACGAGAAGGGGCAAUCUGGAACUGUGCGCUUUUCAAAGCGGUAUCCCACAGUAGAGCGGCGUGCCAAGUGUCUGGCAGGACGGCAGUAUGUGGCUGUUCCAGAGGACUGUGGCAUCCUCCACCCCCUCCUGACGGAGCUGGGGCUAACUGAUCCUGAUAAGCCCUUUGUUGUGUCACGGGACGAUUGCGCCCGGCCCCAGCGCUCCCCAGCCCUGCAGCUGCACCUGGAGGCCCGGGACGGGGGGGCCCUGUGGCCCGUGCUGGCUAUUGUUCAGGGAGGGCUGAUCCUGGCCUGUCUGCCCUUGGUGGAGGCUCCCCCCGAACCUCGACCCCCCCUGCCCAGCCUGGCCUCCGUAUCCCAGGGCCUCUCCUUGCUGACGGGCCUGCAGAGCUUCCUGUGCGGAGCUGGGGGUAAGCCGGAGGGGGACGCCCUGGCGUCCCGCCUGGCCCUAUUGCCCUCGGUUCUCCUCCAGGUCUGUCCCCUGGGUACCCCCCUGGACACACCCCAAGCGGGUGCGUGGCCCGCUACCGCUGCACCCGCCCCGGCGGGGACCCAGAAGCAGCCCGCUUGGAAAGCGGGACUCCACCGGGGUAGGGUGGUGGUGAACGUGGCGCUGAGCGAGAUGGUGCGGUCCAUGCAGUACGGCAGCCGCAGUCGGCAGGACCUGUGGGACGUCUACGGCAGCGUCACCUGCAAGUGUGAGGUGGAGGGGGUCCUGCCCAACGUGACGGUCACCCUCUCGCUCCCGCCCAACGGCUCGCCCCUGCAGGACAUCCUGGUCCACCCCUGCGUGACCUCGCUGGACGCCAGCAUCCUGACGGCCACCAGCGUGGACGAGAGCGAUGGCUCCACCUACUCCGGGCCCUACAAAUUCCCCUUCUCCCCCCCGCUGGAGCCCUUUCGCCUCUGCAGCUACACGUCUCAGGUGCCGGUCCCGCCCAUCCUGGGGUCCUAUCAGCUGAAGGAGGAGGAGGGGCAGCAGCUCAGAGUGACAGUGAGCCUGAAGCUGCACGAGAGCGUGAGGAACAGCUUCGAGUACUGCGAGGCACACCUGCCCUUCUUCAACAGGGGUCAGCUGGGCAACGUGGAUGUGAAGGUGAGCUCAGGGCAGCUGGAGGUGUCCAGGGAGAAGGGCCUGCUGGUUUGGGUGCUAGGACAGAAGUUCCCCCGGUCUCGGGAGGUGUCCCUGGGGGGGACUGUGAGUUUCUCCGGCCAGUCUUCAGGACCAACCGAUCCUCUGUGCACAGGGCUGACGGCCUACAUCAAACUGUACUUCCGGGUUCCGGACCUGACCCUGUCCGGAUGCAGUGUGGACCAGCACUCCGUGCAGGUCUACUCCACGGCAAAGGCUCGCAACACCACCUCUCGUGAGCUGGUGUCUGCCGAGUAUUACAUCUGGAACUCCACUGGCGAUGCCCCCGUUUCCUCAGGAACGAUGCUGUAGCGCACCUCUGGGGAUGCAGAGAAGGGACGCACCUUCCUGUUGUAGGACAGACCAAAGACACCGGGAAAGCUGGAACCCCAUAUGCCAACACAUACCAGUGGACGGUUUACUCUGGCUGUGAUGGCGCCUGGUCUUUCUGCGACCGCCAAAGACCUACUCCCUUCGGCUUAGUGUCUGGUGAUGAAUUUGGUAAUGCAAGAGAAAGUGAAGAAAAUCUAACGGAAUUUCCUGACUGUAAAUCAGUAUUCUCCGUGUUCCAAGAACAUAGGCAUGAACACUGCUUACAGUAGGGGCUGAUUUUGUCUUCAGCAGAGCCACUGAAUUGCUUUAGUUUUCAUUUUAAAUGGGAAAUAGUUUCAGUGCAACGCUUCCUGUUCAGUCCAAUUCAGUGUCUGGAAUCAAAAUGGGAAAAUAAUAGGCAAAUGAAGAGCCUGUUUAUGCAUACCACGUUUUCCUUAAUUGCAAAUCAGCAUGGAAUUCAAGUCUGCGCCUUUCUAAUAAAGUGACAUUAAAAAGUU